UGUAGGUUCCCAGUUGGCAGAGCCAGGUGAGCAAUGAUGCCCCAGCUGCUCCUGCUGCUGCUCUUGCUGUUGGCCCCACAAGGUGGGCAUGGCUGCCACGGGCCAGAACUGGACCGGGAACUUGUCCUGGCCAAGGUGAGGACCCUGUUUCUGGAUGCCUUGGGUCCUCCAGCAGUGCCUGGGGAAGGUGGGAGCCCGGGGGUCAGGCGGCUGCCUCGAAGACAUGCCCGGAGGGCCUUCAUGCACAGGGCCUCUGAGCCCCAGGAGGAGGAGGAAGAUGAUGAUAUCUCCCAGGCCAUCCUUUUCCCAGCCACAGGUGCCAGCUGUGAAGACGAGCCAGCUGCUGGAGGGCUAACGGAGGGCACUGAGGACGGUCUCUUCACUUACGUCUUCCGGCCAUCUCAACACACUCGCAGCCGCCAGGUGACUUCUGCCCAGCUGUGGAUCCACACAGGGCUAGACAGGAAGGUCCUGGUGGCCUCCAAUAGCUCAGGGUUCCCACUAGGCCUGCUGGUGCUAUCAUCUGAUGGGCCUAUGUCUGUGCCCAUGUCUUUGGGCCAAGCGCCUCCUCAUUGGGUUGUGCUGCACUUGGCCACCUCUGCCCUCAAUCUGCUCACUCACCCAGUCCUGGUGCUACUGCUACGUUGUCCUCUCUGCACCUGCUCAGCCCGGCCUGAGACCACACCCUUCCUGGUGGCCCACACUCGGGCAAGACCAGCCAGCGGAGGGGAUAGAGCCCGGCGCUCAGCUCCCUCCAUGCCCUGGCCUUGGUCUCCUGCUGCUCUGCACCUGCUGCAGAAGCCUCCGGAGGAACCCAGCUUGCAUAACCACUGUCACAGAGCCUCAAUCAACAUCUCCUUCCAGGAGCUGGGCUGGGACCAAUGGAUCGUGCACCCUCCCAAUUUCAUCUUCCACUACUGCCACGGUGGCUGUUGGUUUCCCACUCCACGAGACCUGCCCCAUUCAGGCCCUGGGGGUCCCUCAACCCCAGUUCAGCACUAUUCUUUUGUACCAGGGGUCCAGCCCUGCUGUGCUGCCGUCCCUGCCACCAGGAGGCCCCUACACGUCCGCACUACCUCAGAUGGAGGGUAUUCUUUCAAGUAUGAGACAAUCUCCAAUCUUCUCACUCAACACUGUGCUUGUAUCUAA